GGCUCUCAUUCCAAGAGCUGAAGGCCACGGGCACUGCCCACUUCUUCAACUUCCUGCUCAACACCACGGACUACCGCAUCCUGCUCAAGGACGAGGACCACGACCGCAUGUACGUGGGCAGCAAGGACUACGUGCUGUCCCUGGACCUGCACGACAUCAACCGCGAGCCCCUCAUUAUCCACUGGGCGGCCUCCCCGCAGCGCAUCGAGGAGUGCGUGCUCUCAGGCAAGGAUGGCAACGGUGAGUGCGGGAACUUCGUCAGGCUCAUCCAGCCCUGGAACCGAACACACCUGUACGUGUGUGGGACUGGCGCCUACAACCCCAUGUGCACCUAUGUAAACCGUGGCCGCCGGGCUCAGGCCACGCCCUGGACCCAGAUGCAGGUGGUCAGAGGCCGAGGCAGCAGAGCCACGGACGGUGCCCUCCGCCCGACGCCCACAGCCCCACGCCAGGAUUACAUCUUCUACCUGGAGCCUGAGAGACUCGAGUCAGGGAAGGGCAAGUGUCCAUACGACCCCAAGCUGGACACAGCCUCAGCCCUCAUCAACGAGGAGCUCUAUGCGGGCGUGUACAUCGACUUCAUGGGCACGGACGCCGCCAUCUUCCGCACCCUCGGCAAGCAGACGGCCAUGCGCACGGACCAUCCCAAGGACUACCCCGACGAGGUGAUCAACUUCAUGCGCAGCCACCCGCUCAUGUACCAGCCCGUGUACCCGCUGCAGCGGCGGCCGCUGGUGGUCCGCACGGGCGCCCCCUACCGCCUCACCACCGUCGCCGUGGACCAGGUGGAUGCGGCCGAUGGGCGCUAUGAGGUGCUUUUCCUGGGCACAGACCGCGGGACAGUACAGAAGGUCAUCGUGCUGCCCAAGGACGACCAGGAAAUGGAGGAGCUCAUGCUGGAGGAGGUGCAGGUCUUCAAGGACCCAGCGCCCGUGAAGACCAUGACCAUCUCCUCCAAGAGGCAACAACUGUACGUGGCCUCUGCUGUGGGCGUCACGCACCUGAGCCUGCACCGCUGCCAGGCCUACGGGGCUGCCUGUGCCGACUGCUGCCUCGCCCGGGACCCCUACUGCGCCUGGGACGGCCAGGCCUGUUCCCGCUACACCGCGUCCUCCAAGAGGCGGAGCCGCCGGCAGGACGUCCGGCACGGGAAC